CGGUGGUGUCACAUUUUCCUUACAAAAUACUGACAGAGUGCUUUCUUUGCAGCACUCUGUAGAACUGUAGCAUCAGAGUCUUCUGAAACAGUGACCUAGAUCAUGCUUCAGUAUAAAGCUUUGGCUGUCACUCUGAUCCUCCUUACAAAUACCCUUACUGAAGUUGAUGCUAAAGCCACCUCAAAGAGGCAUGUCCGUCAUGAUUUGAUGAUCAUACCUGACGCAAUUGCAUUUUAUGUGUUCGAUGCUGUGAACAAAGUGUCUCCUAAAACUGCUGAGUUCUUGUACGGUGCUUUCCAGAAUCCAAUCAUUCUUGAGACAAGGAACUUCUUGAUAAAGACAACAACUGAAAUCAAUAGAGCAUUUCAACAACUGGUAGAGAAUAUACAUAGUUUAUGGACAAAGGAAGAAGCAGAACCAGCAUAGCACUAGGACCUAAACGAAUCUGUGGAGUAGCCUCUUCCUUGUAUUCAUCAGUGGAUCAUAAUGUGCAGAGGGUUAUUUUGGUAUAGUUUUUUAUUAUUAUUUCAUUUUAUAACAUAUAUGAAACAGAUAACAAUUAUAACAACUGACGAAAAUUUAAGGGUGAAAAACAAAAUUAUAAAAUAGGCACAUGGAAUGAGUAAUUGGACAUGAGUUAAAAUAAAGUCCAAGUAAAGACUAUCAAAUUUACCAGAUCAUUAAGUAUAGUUUCAGAUUUGCCAGGCUUGUGAUGAAGGUUAUCUUGAAAAUGAUGGUUCCACUGUAUAUGUCAUGAAGGAAUUCCAAAUCAUAUAAAAAGUGUAUGGAGGUUCUAGCUCUCUUCGAAAUCUCAAAUUAUGCUUGAUUUUCUCCUUUAUAGCUAUAUUCUAGAGUGAACGGUACCAAGUGCAAGAUUUUGGGCUGUUUUCCGCUGAAUUGCAAUUAUUGUUUGUGCUGCCAAGAUCAUAUAUAAGACCAGUUCUUUUGAGGAUAUAUUUACAUUGGUAUCAUCAAAAAAUAUUCAGUCACAUUACUUCCAGUGCCUUGCGAAACAUCGCAAGUCAAGUCUAAGGCUUUGCGGGGCCUUGGAGGUGGAGUCUGAGGUCUCGCAGGGCCUUGGACAUGACUUCUGGGGUUCCCAGGCACUGCCGCGGAGCUCACAAGGUGAUGCCAUGGCUCAAUGUGAGGUCAGGAUGUCACAUUAUGUUGUAGACCACUGGACACCCAUAAUCUGGGGCCCAAGUUGGCACCCCUGGAUUCAACAGAAGUCAGGCAUAGCUCUCUCUCUCUUCCCAGCCUGCUUCCAACUUCUAACUUUUAGCUCACAUAACCCAGCUCUCACUCCUGGCCUUUGUCUUUCUAAAUACCAGCAAGUUGGGGGAGAGGGUCCCACCCAUUUGUCAUCUCGCACAGAGCCACUUCCUUUGUUACCUUAAUAACCCAUACUUCAGCAAUUACCUCAUUAGGAAGUUAGCGUGGCUUUUCCAGGAAUUGAAAUUGGAUCCAGGAAUUUGAAAGGGGCUCAAGCAUACAGCCUAUGUCUCCUAAACUCAGAACAGUACAAUUUAGAAACAAAUCCUUUUCCCUCUCUACCCAUUGUGCUUAAUAAAUUGUGUUAAGGAUAUCAGAGCUUGUUUUUUUACAUGUUCUUUUAUAAUAAAACUAUGAAUUUGAUGGAAAUAAAUCCAGUUUGUGUUCA